GGCCGGAGCCGCCAUUGUUCCGCCGAGGGAGGACAGCGGGGCCUGGCCCUGGCGCGGAGACGCCGCUUAGCGGCCGCCGCUGGAGACACUCCCUCCCGCCGCCCCCCUCCUCCUGGCGGCGGCGGAGUGAGGCUGACGGGGGGCACUGGGAGCCCCCUGUCCUCCUGGCGGCGGCAGCGGCCGAUCCCCGGCUCCUGCGCGAGGGGCGGCCGCAAUGCGCUCGGCCUGAGGCGGUCCGGCCUGGCCUUACCUUGCUUCCCUUGACUGUUCCACGGCGUCUCUGCGCCCCGGCGUCAUUCUGCGAGUGCCCCUGACGGGAGGGAAGAUGGCUCCACGGAGCUGGCUGGACGAGCUGGCCCAGCAGGCCGAGGAGGGCUCAGCCCGGCUGCAGGAAAUGCUCUCGGUCGGCCUAGGCUUUCUGCGCACCGAGUUGGGCCUCGACCUGGGGCUGGAGCCGAAACGGUACCCGGGCUGGGUGAUCCUGGUGGGCAUGGGCGCGCUCGGGCUCCUGCUGCUCUUCCUGCUCGGCUACGGCUGGGCCGCGGCUUGCGCCGGAGCCCGCAAGAAGCGGAGGAGCCCGCCUCGCAAGCGGGAGGAGGCGGCGGCCGCGCCGGGCCCGGCCGCUGACGACCUAGGCGUGCUGAAGAAUCUCAGGAGCGAGGAGCAGAAGAAGAAGAACCGGAAGAAAUUGCCGGAGAAGCCCAAACCAAAUGGACGGACCAUCGAAGUGGCUGAGGAAGAGGUCGUCCGAACUCCUCGGAGUGCAGCAGCUAAGCAGCCAUUAGAGACACACAAGAAAAAUGAAAAGUCAAAGAAAAAUAAGAAGAAAUCAAAGUCAGAUGCUAAAGCAGUGCAAAACAGUUCACGCCAUGAUGGAAAGGAAGUUGAUGAAGGAGCCUGGGAAACUAAAAUUAGUCACAGAGAGAAACGACAGCAGCGUAAACGUGAUAAGGUGCAGUCUGAUUCUGGUUCAUUGGAUUCAACUAUCCCUGGGAUAGAAAAUACCAUCACAGUUACCACCGAGCAAGUUACAACUGCAUCAUUUCCUGUUGGUUCCAAGAAGAAUAAAGGUGAUUCUCAUCUAAAUGUUCAAGUUAGCAACUUUAAGUCUGGAAAAGGAGAUUCUACACUUCAGGUUUCUUCAGGAUUGAAUGAAAACCUCACUGUAAAUGGAGGAGGCUGGAAUGAAAAGUCUGUAAAACUCUCCUCACAGAUCAGUGCAGGUGAGGAGAAGUGGAACUCUGUUUCACCUCCUUCUGCAGGCAAGAGGAAAACUGAACCAUCUGCUUGGGGUCAAGAUGGUGGAGAUGCUAAUGCAAAUGGAAAAGACUGGGGAAGGAGUUGGAGUGACCGAUCAAUAUUUUCUGGCAUUGGGUCUACUGCUGAGCCAGUUUCUCAGUCUACCACUUCUGAUUAUCAGUGGGAUGGUAGCCGUAAUCAACCAUAUAUCGAUGAUGAAUGGUCUGGGUUAAAUGGUAUGUCUUCUGCUGAUCCCAGCUCUGAUUGGAAUGCGCCAGCAGAAGAGUGGGGAAAUUGGGUAGAUGAAGAAAGAGCUUCACUUCAAAAGUCCCAGGAACCAAUUCCUGAUGAUCAAAAAGUUUCAGAUGAUGAUAAAGAAAAGGGAGAGGGAGCUCUUCCAACAGGGAAAUCUAAAAAGAAGAAAAAGAAAAAGAAGAAGCAAAGUGAAGAUAACUCUCCUGCACAGGACACAGAAGAAUUAGAAAAAGAGAUUAGAGAAGAGCUCCCAGUGAAUACCUCUAAGGUCCGUCCAAAACAGGAAAAAGCUUUUUCUUUGAAGACCAUAAGCACUAGUGAUCCAGCUGAAGCGCUCAUCAAAAACAGCCAGCCUAUCAAGACUCUUCCACCUGCUAUUUCUACCGAGCCAUCUGUUAUUUUAUCAAAAAGUGAUUCUGACAAGAGCUCUUCCCAAGUGCCACCGAUGCUACAAGAAACAGAUAAAUCCAAGUCGAAUACUAAGCAAAAUAGUGUGCCUCCUUCACAGACCAAGUCUGAAACUAGUUGGGAAUCUCCCAAACAAAUAAAAAAGAAGAAAAAAGCCAGACGGGAAACGUGAAUAUUUUUUUUCCUGAAUUGGACAUGUGUUUGCAAACACUGUCUUGAAGAUUAUGCUGUUUAUGCAAUAAUUUGUGAACAUGUACAGAGUUUUAUAUAAAUUUAAACCAAUUUUUAAAACAAAACUGUGAACACAACCACCGUAAAAAUGGAAUCAAAGGAAAGUUAAUUUAUGAAAUUAAGAGGUCAGCAGAAUUGGAAGACACUUGGGGAAAAUCUUUUCAAUCUAACAAGAACGAUCUUAAUUUAAGAAUAUUAUCCUGGUUUUACAACAGUGCCCUGUUUACAACAGAUUGUGCCCUGUCUCAUCUGCAGCUGAGGAAUAAAGGAUUCUGAUUAGAGAGAGGGUUGCCUACAUAUUCGUAGGCAGCUUCUUGGAUCUUAUGCACGGAACUUAAACCAUUUGAAUCUGUUUUAUGCUUAAAUCAAAGUGCUUUGAUCAAAUGCAUAAUCUGCCAUAUCUUUACAUAUUUGUUGGUAGCAAUUUGUAUUUAAGAAAUCACAAGUGCAAAUAAAAGGUCAUUUAUCGUUUAACUAAACUGUCAUGGUUUAGUUUACAAUUUUUAAAAAGUUCUUAAAACAUUCAAAAUGCAGUUGACACUUGUAUGGCUUAUGAAGUUAUUUUUGAUAGUCUUACUUUACUUGAAUUGUUCAAAGUACAGUAUAUUUUAAGUUAAGAAAGGUAAACUAUAUAUUUGUUUUAUACUUUUAAGGUUCAGACUCACAAAUAAUGCUCUUGUUGAUGAUUUGAAAACUUUCAGGCAAAAUCCACCUUACAUGUUUUCCUUUCCCUAUUAGCAAUUACUUCUUUCUCCAGCAUCAACUCUUCUUCAUUACUAAUACUUUUUUGACUUUAAAAAUGAAAUCUUUCACAAACUAGUUAUACAGACAGAACUUUGAUUAUAUGAUGGAGAGUGAAAAGCUAAAGUCAGACAGCUUUAAUUGACAUUGUCAAGACCUCCAGUUAUCAGGAAUACAUUUUUUUACUGCCUUAACCUGUAGUGCGUAGAAUAUGCAUCAAUUUCUUGAAGGGGAUUCGUGUUUUAUAAGAAUUUUCAUGUAAUUAUUGCAAUCGUGAUCAAAUAAGGAACGUUUCCUGCUUGAAACUGUAUUGAUUUAAAUGAUGUGUGAGAUGUUUCACCAUUUUCAGGCACUGUGUAAUUCUAUUGUAAUAAACUGGCAGGUAUCUUUGUAACUAUAAAUAGUGCAUGCUCAGCCAUGUACACUGUAAAUAGCCUUUACCAAACGUGUUUGACAAGGACCAUAAUUAACAUCACUUAGUGAAUUGUGAUAAAGAAAAAAAGCCAUGAUUUAUUCGAUGUGAUUGGCUUAAUUGUUUUCCUGUGGCGCCAAGAAUGAAACUGUUUAACAGCUGUAACCAAUGGUACUGAUCUGUCCAUCCAGUCUUGUCUUUAUUAUAUUUGACUGUGGUUUGAUAGUAUUGCAUUGUCACACUAGGAAAGCUAAAGAAACAAAAUGCUUUUAGUUUUGCUGAAGACUGGCCUUAUUAAUGGACAGCUUUCCUAACAAGUGAUUAUUAACUUUUAUCAGGUGUUAACAUCUGUUUCAGGAACAUGGCAGUAUGUUUACAUGUCAGAAGUUUUGUUUAAUUCUAUAUUUCUAAAUUGAUUUGUUUAAAUAAAUUCAGCAAAUGGA